UUUUACCUUGACGUGUGAUGGGCCCCUUGGACGCUAAGUCACUUCAUCUGUGUUGUAGAAGAUCGGCGGCUAGAAGUUGUUCUUUUUCUACUCUCCUCAUACUGGGCGGUUUCCUGCUAACACCAGCCCCAGGAAAGCUGUCACUCUGAAAUGUCACUGGGCACUUCAAUCCAGAAGGGGCGAAACAGAAAGAGAGAGACAUAUCUACCUGAGAUACAGGAAGAGGAGAGAGCAUCUAGUUAACCAGUCAGAUAGAGGAAGAGCAGAAUGAUCUCUGGUGCACACCUGAACUGACCAGGAGGUUGACCGACAGGCCUGCAGCAGUGAUGGAGCCCCUCUGGAGUGUGUGUCUUCUCCUGCUCUCCAUCCCACUGGCCUCUGCUCCCCCGCCUCCUCCCUCCCCUCCCUCACCUCCUCCAGGCCUGUCUUGUGUGAGCGACCACGUCAGGAACAUCACCUGUGAGUGGAACAGCUCCGGUGCGGCGCGUGGGGAGGCCUGCAGGAUCCAAGCGUCCGGUCAUGGUUGUGUAAAUCUAAGUUGUGCGUUGGAACCACUGGGUCGCCCGGGUGCUGUCCUGCACAGGUGUGGAUUUGCCUGCACACGUAACUUGAAUUCAGCUCUGAGGCUGACACUCUGGCUGAAGUGUGGAGAAACUGUGGUGACUGAAAUCAGAAAGUUCAAACCAUCAGAUCACAUCAAAAUGAAUCCUCCUGGUGUUCCUCUGAUCGACACCAGCUCCAACGACACCAGCGUGUCCUGGGGCCCUGGGGAGCCUCUCUCCACUCUGAUCUUUGGCUACAAAUUCCAGGUGCAGAUUAAACAGGAACACCAGCAAUGGGAGGAUUCCCUGAUAUUGACCCGAUCCAAGUUGGAGCGCAGCCUGACUGUGAAGAUGAAGGAGGCUGGAGUGUACCAGGUCAGGGUGAAGGUCCGUCCAGAUGACCAGUACAAGGCCCAGUGGAGCGACUGGAGUCCCACUUCCUCCUGGCGGGCCGAGGGGGAGGGAGGGACAGCAGACAGCCCAGAUGUGAAGCUGCUGGACUGGACCUCAGUAGUGGUGCCAUUUGUUGUGGUGGCUGUUCUGACUUUCAUCAUUGUGCUACUGCUGGUCCUCUGCAAAACGUGCGCAAAGAAGGGGAAACAUCCACAGCAUGUCCCCGACCCAUCUAGAUACUUCCACGCCCUCAACUCUGUCCACGACGGCAACUUCCAUAGCUGGCUGAGCCCCAUGUUUGCUGCUGAAGCUUUCCUGCCAGCCCUGCCCUGCCAGGACAUCUCUCUGCUCCAGGUGGCUCAAGCUGUCGUCCCCUCCACCUCUACCGCAGCGACAUCUGCCCUCCUGUACAAUGGCCCCGCCCACGGCCCCGACAGCCCCGCCCACAGCCCCAACAGCCCCGCCCACAGCCCCGAAAGCCCCGCCCACGGCCCCGACAGCCCCGCCCACGGCCCCGACAGCCCCGCCCACGGCCCCGACAGCCCCGCCCACGGCCCAGACAGCCCCGCCCAUGGCCCCAACAGCCCCGCCCACGGCUCCAGUGGAGAAAGCAGUGGCCAAUCCUCCUCCUCCUGCUUUUCCAACAUCGGCUACUUCCUCUCCAACUACCCCAGCAACCUGCGUGUGGAGUCCUGCCCCGUCUACUUCACCUAUGAGGAAGACCCCCUCCACCCCCUGCCCUGGCCCUCCCUCACCAGGCCAGACUCCUAUGAGCUCCUGCUGCGCCCGGGCAUCACCCACACCGCCAGGCCCGGCUGCUGGAAGGAGCCUCGGAGCCCUGAUUCAGGGAUCAGCGAGGGCAGCCAGAUCCCGUCCGAGGAUGAAGAGAGUGUGAACGAUGUUGGAACAGUUCAGUUCAAUCACCCCCCUCCUCUCUUCCUGCCCCCCCUCUCCCGGGUCGCUUGCUUGAUGCAUCACGGGGAAACUCCUGCCCCCCCCGCCCUCUCCCAGGCCCCCAUCCCCCCAGGGAAGCCCCCCCCCAACCCGGAUGGGGACUCUUCCCUGGUGCAUGGUGGCAGCUACAAUGCCUGGCCUGUAGACUGCACUCUGGCCAGAUGCUCAUCCAUGACCAUUAGGCCAUGUGGAGGCGGGUAUCUGACCAUCAAAGAGCUGCAGACCACCUACAGCAAGAAGUCCAUUUAAGGGCUGGUCCGGCUGCAGGCUGGUCCGGCUGCAGGCUUCUUCAGCUGCAGGCUGGUCCGGCUGCAGGCUUCUCCAGCUGCAGGCUUCUCCAGCUGCAGGCUGGUCCGGCUGCAGGCUCCGUCCUGAUCAGGGGAAUGACAUCAUGAUUUAUUAAACAGCAUGCUUUAUGUAAGGGGUCAUGAGAUCAUUGUCAUCAUUUUGCCAAGGCUGGUAAACAGAUUUGCAGUGAUAUAGAUGUGUUUUAUUUCUGAUUUAAUGUCUUUGUGUUCUACUGUAAUGAGCUGCUGCUGGCCUCACCUGUCAUGGAGCUGUUAGACACGACUGUUGAAACUGUAUCUGUAUACGUUUCUAUUAGGGAGCAUGCACGUUGUCUUUCUAACUGCCCUUACAAGCAUUAUAUUCAUAUUGUAUCUGAGUUCUUGUCUGCAUACUGUUGGGAAUAGUGGAUUGCCAUUACAUUGAUACUUUAUCUCAACUGACAAAACAUUGUAUUUUUAAUCAACUAUAUUGCAACUAUCUUUUUUCUAAUGUAUUCUUAAUCAGUAUGUCUUGCACAGAAACAGAACGUUUGCUCUAGUUGUAUUUACACUCACUCAGCUUGCAUGAGCACCAGAAUAAACUUCAGAAAG